AUGGCCACAAGUACACGUCGCACACGUAUCAAUUCAAAACUCCGGCAUUCCUUUGUAUUGCAAACAUAUUAUUUUGCCAUUUUAAUUGGUAUAACAUCGUUGAAUUUUGAUUUUAAAACCAGAAAAUUCAUCAACUCCAAAUAUUUGCAUCUGUAUGCGGCCAUUAGUAAUGUAACGAUUGUAUUGUUGGCUCCUAUGUUGCAGUGGCAUGUUAUAAAUGAUGCCUGUUUCUAUGUGGAUAAUUUACAAAUGAAAUUAAUCAAUUCGAUUAAUUUAAAUCUCCGUUGUGUAGCUGCUGUUAUGACUCUGGUGCUGCGCUGGAAACGUGAGUGUCAUGUGAGAAAAAUUCUAGAACGUUUAAUAGUUCUAGAGGAGGAAUACUUUGAUAGAGUUUCAUAUCCCGACCAGUUAAUUCAACCAUUUGAUGAAUUGUUCUUUUUGAAAUAUGCCAGUGUUUGGUUGCAGUCUAUAUCAAUUAUGUAUGUAGUUUAUCGUUACAUGGCCAAUAUAUCAGGCUGGUGGUAUGUGUCCUUUAUUUAUGUGCUGAUUGUCUUGAAUAUACUGCAUGGCGUGGUAAUGCACUAUUACAUGUGUCUGCUGUAUAUCGGUUCCAGAUUCUACAUCAUUAACUAUCGUCUGCAGGAAAUUUAUCUCACCAUAAUGAGAGUUAAGUCAUGGCCCUCUUUGCGUUCUCAGCAGCAAAUGCAAAAAGCCUUGGCAGCGGAAAUGGACUGCAUUACCUACAUACAUUGUAAUCUGAUGAAUAUAGUGGCCGAAUUAAAUGACUCGUAUAUGUUUCAAAUUUUAACCGUUUUAAUGACUCAUGUCUUCAAUAAUACCGCCAUGGGCUAUUAUGGUCUAAUGAUGUGUAUAGAUUUCCUGAAAUUCAAUAUUACUUAUUACGAUCUCAUCAUAGGAGGCUUUAGUUAUUGUUGUUUGGUUUUGGACUUGUAUUUGGUGGAUGUUAAUUGUAAUAUAGUGCAAACUUCAUAUGAUGCUAUGGGUUCCAUACUUAAGCAGUUCAAUGACUUUUCCGAUUUGGAAGCAAGUUUGCUUAAAAGUUGCGAAUUAUUGUCUUUGCAUUUGGUGCAAAAGCGUCUAUUCAUUAACAUUUGUGGCAUGUUUAAUUUGAAUAAACAUACAUCGUUUGUCAUGCUUGGUUUCACCAUACGCCAGGUUUUAAUUUUAGUACAAAACGAUGUGGCCAAUACUAUACGUUUUUUGAAAGAUUCUCGAGAUGUGGGCCUGAUUUUACAGUCAGGUUUUAGGGCAGCAUUUUUAAGUGAUCUUAAUAAUGAGGAAGUAUAA